UGAUGUUAGUACAGAGACGCGCUCACAGCGGCGGAGCGACGCUCAACUGUACAUUCAGGUCGGACCAGCUUGUGACAUCUGGGCGUGAUAGGGCCACGCGUGGCCGAGUCGUGGAGCUGGCCUUCUCCCACCAACAUCUCUGGAGGUUUCCUAACGACAGAAUCUCCCAGGACUCGGCUUUACGUACUGUGGAUCUGAUGCUUCCUGCCAUCACAAUGGAAACGGAGGCCAGUCACAUGCUGGAGGCAGCACUGGAGCAGAUAGACGACAUCAUUGCAGGUUCAAAGGCAGCAGCGAUGGAGCUCUCCACCUCGGUCUACGACCUUGGUACGCCUGUGAACGCCUAUCCGCUGCAGUUAGCCGAGGAGCUCAAACUCGCUCUGGAGGUUCAACCGAACCAGGAAGAGAGAGACAACCUCAGAGCUCAGCUGCCUCCAGAAACGGCUCAGGCUCUCAUCAACUGGCUGCAGACUGGAACUGUGAGCUGUUCUCCAGCCAAUAAUGAAACCUAUCAGGAACGACUGCUUCGACUAGAAGGAGACAAGGAAUCUCUGGUUUUACAGGUGAGCGUUUUAACCGACCAGGUAGAGGCGCAGGGGGAGAAAAUCAGAGACCUGGAAACCUCUUUGGAGGAGCACCGCCAGAAACUCGCCUCCACUGAGGAGAUGCUGCAACAGGAGCUGAUGAGCAGGACUUCUCUGGAGACUCAGAAGCUGGAUCUGAUGGACGAAGUGUCCUACCUGAAACUGAAGCUGGUCACCAUGGAGGAGACGCGAACCAACACAAACCCACAGGAUGCCGCCGACACAAAGAACAACAAAGCUGAGUGUGUGGUAAAUCUCAUCAGUGAGCUCCAGGAGCAGAUGUGCAAGUUUCAUGAAGAGAUCAGCACUCGCAUCCAGGAGAAACGAGCCCUCGAGGAGAAGGAAGCCCAGCAGGGGGACCUGGGUGGCGGCCCGGCUCAGGGCUGCGACCCUAUUGCCGGGUCCAACCCGAGCGGCGCUUCGCUGAAACGCAGUGGAGAGAGACAUACUGUGCCUGAUUUGCUUCAAGAAGUCAAACAUCUGACAAGCAAAGUGCAGGGGCUGGAGGGAGAAAAGAGCCUGUAUGAAAGGAAGCUCAGAGCCACCAAGCUCUCCAUCUCUUACUCUCUCCAUGUGUGUUACCAGUCGCUCAUGACCCAGCUGUCCAGCCUCAAGCUGACUGUGGAGCACACACAGCUGGAGAAGCAGCACUGGGAGGAGCGCUGGCGCAGCGCACAGGCAGAAAUCUCUGAGAUGCAGCAGCUUUUGGCCUCUAAAGACACAGAGAUCGAGUGCUUGCAGACCCAGCUGCUGGCCAGAGGCAGCAGCACCAACAACAAUGCAGAGAGAGAGGAAGUGUAUAUCAAGCAGCUGCUAAACAAAUACCAGGAAUACCAGAGGCUGAAGGUGGGGAUGGAGUCUUUGUUGGCUUCAAAUGAUGAAAAGGAUCGGCGUAUAGAGGAGUUGACUGUCCUGCUUGGCCAGUAUAGAAAAAUGAAGGAAGUCAUGGCACUCACACAUGGAAGUAGUGAAGAGGAGCUGAGCGGCACUCUGAAGCUAAAAGCUAUCACACACAAAGCUCAUUCUGACAUGAUCAGAUCAGAGAUUUCCUCAAGAGGAUCUUCUCCACUCAUGCUUUCUUCAUCCCCCUUUCAGAGAGAUUUGGAUUCCAGUUUCCAGAACUCAGUGGACACGUCAUUUGUAACCACUGGUUAUACAAGUCUCAUAAAUGGAUCAUUGCAUCGACACAGAUUACUCUCCAGCAGUCUUGAAGAGUUGCAAAGUGGAAGUUUCCAAAAGGCUUUAGAGAUCCAGCCAGUUGAAACUGAAUCAGACGUAGGGGCAGAGAGUCCUCAAAUGGAGCUGAGCAAGUAUCAAACUCUGCCAGGGAAACUGGGUAAAAAGAAAGAACCCAAAGAAGAGCUGAACGGCCCUAGAGGCAGAGACACCGAAUAUUUAUCCCCCGUCCAGCUCUCACCGUCCCACAGCAGAGAGUACACCCUGAUUCGGUGCAGGAGUGCCAGCGCUCCAGCUUUAGACCAUCCGGCGGAGCUUGAGGAGCGCAUGCUAUCUGAUCAGUCCCCGCUAUCCUCUGGACUGGACUCAGGACAACAGUCGCCUGUCUCUCCUGAGAAAAGGAAGAACCACAGAGGCAUUAAAAAACUCUGGGGACGGAUUCGCCGCAGUCAGUCGGGCAGCCCAGUUCAGCUUCAUGAUCCGGAGCUGGGAGACUUCAAGAGAGGAGGCUUCAGAGCGACAGCUGGGCCGAGGCUGGCCCGUCCAGGGAAAACACGAGAUCUGAAGCUGCCAUUUUCUAAGUGGAACACCGAGCAGGUUUGCGACUGGCUUGAGGACAUCGGACUCGGUCAAUAUGCCCUCCUCGCUCAGCAGUGGGUCAGCAGCGGUCAGACUCUGCUCGCGGCUGCUCCUCACGACCUAGAGAAGGAGCUGUCAAUGAAAAAUCCCCUCCACAGGAAGAAGCUCCAGCUGUCCUUAAAGAACGUCUCCAGCAAACAGCAGGAAAAAUCAGCAGAGCUCGAUUACAUCUGGGUCACUCGUUGGCUCGAUGACAUUGGCCUCCCCCAGUACAAAGACCAGUUUAACGAUGGGAGAGUGGACGGACAGAUGCUGCAGUACCUCACCGUGAAUGACCUUCUGUUCCUCAAAGUGACCAGCCAGCUGCACCAUCUCAGCCUUAAAUGUGCCAUUCAUGUGCUUCACGUCAACAAAUUCAACCCCAACUGCCUCAAACGCAGACCUGGAAAUGAGUGUGAGUUCAGUCCCAGCGAAGUGGUCCAAUGGUCCAACCACCGAGUCAUGGAGUGGCUGAGAUCGGUGGACUUGGCGGAGUAUGCUCCCAAUCUGAGGGGCAGUGGUGUUCAUGGAGGGCUAAUAAUGUUGGAGCCUCGGUUUAACUCCGACACAAUGGCCAUGCUGCUGAACAUCUCUCCUCAAAAAACCCUGCUGAGGCGCCACCUGAACACCAACUUCAAUAACCUAGUGGGGGUUCAGGCGCAGCAGGAGAAGAAGGAGUACACCGAAGCAGCAGGAUAUUCCCCACUCAGCAUCACCGCUAAAGUCAAGCCAAAGAAGUUGGGCUUCUCUAACUUGACGGGCCUCAGGAGGAGACGGACGGACGAGUCCACAGACUACAUCUGUCCCGUAGAGUCUUCCUCGCCUGAGUCGGGACAGUCUGUAGCCAACGGGGUGCAGAUGCGCCCGUACACCGGCUUCAGGGGUCUGAGUCCCAUCCUGGACCGAGAGCUCCCCCGGGACCAGAUGGUGAACGCAGAGAGCACCAUUUUAGAAAUAGAAGCUUUGUCUGAAAGCAUCAACAACCUCACAUACCUGCUGAGCCAGGAGGAGCUGCAGAAGGAGCUGAGGCGGUCACAGACGGCGCUGGUUUGAAGGAUGGGUCGUCGGUUUGCUAAUGCUGCAGAGCAUCAGAGACCUGCUGCCAGUGCGGCCCCUCAGCCGUAACUCUGCCCUGCGGAGCCGCUUCCAAUCAUAACUGCUGCUUCCUCAUGUAACACCCACAGAAAUGGACUGAAACACUGAGAAGCACUUCUUGGAUCUCAGUGAAGAGUCAAAGUUUCUUACAUUUAAAGACUUUUUGCUCCUUUUUAAUUCUAGCUGUUUAAUGCAGCCUUUAUGAAUAAUACUGACCACUGUGAUCUGUGACUGUUGUGUCAUCAGAGGGUAAACGGGUGUAGACUAGUCUGAUAACAUGCAAACAGAUGUUGAAGACCAAAAGCAGAUGGAAACACUCUAAAGUAUUUAAAAUAAACAUAAAUAUGUUCUAAUAUAACAGUUUUGUUUAACACCCACAAUCCAAACCCCACCUGCUCUUUGCUCCAUAUUCAAAGGUCACUGUCAGUUCAUGUCGCGGGUUCAAAGAUGUCCCUCCGUCUAAUUAUUCUGCUCUGAGGCGUUUUGGUCUUCCUGGGUAUUUUCCUUUCUCUGAAUUGGCUGUGUGGUAGAAUCCUAGAUCAGCAGUUUGUGAAACAUUACGACCAUCUUGUCCUGCCAACCAAGCCACAUUCAGGGUCAUUUCAGUUUCCUUUUUCUAUUCUGAUUCCGUUUAAGUUUCAGCAGGUGAACUUUUCCAUGUCUGGAUGAUCAAAUGCAAUAGACUGCUAUUCUUGUCUAAUAAACUUUCAGUACAUUCCAGCUUCA